AUGGGGAAAGUAUUCGACGCUGCCGAAGUGGCUAGUCACAAUAACAGCAAGAGUUGUUGGGUCAUUCUGUAUGGCAAGGUCUAUGAUGUGACCAACUUUGUUGCUGACCACCCUGGGGGUGCAAAUAUCAUCCUCAAGCUCGCAGGCCAAGAUGCGACUGAGGAAUAUGACCCAGUUCACCCCACCGGCACUUUGGAAGAUAAUCUCAAGCCUGAGGCUCUUCUCGGUACUAUUGACCCGGCGACGGUUACCAAGAAAGAGUCUUCAUCUGCCAUUUCACAGAAAGCUGUUGAUUAUCCUUCUGUCGAGAGCCUUCUGAAUAUGGACGAAAUCGAGGAGUUGGCCACAGCGAAAAUCAGCAAGAAGGCAUGGGCAUACUACUACUCUGCUGCCGAUGACAAGAUCUCUAAGCGCCUGAACACAGAGGCCUUCCGCUCCAUCCUUUUGCGACCGAGAAUCUUCAUUGACUGCGCAAAGUGCAGUCUUGAUACAAAGCUGCUAGAUAAUAACGUCUCCAUGCCUAUAUACGUGUCUCCAGCGGCUCAGGCCCGUCUGGGACACCCAUCUGGCGAAGCAGGAAUUGCAGAGGCAUGUCGCAGCUUCGGUGCUUUGCAAAUCAUUUCCAACAGCGCCUCCAUGACGCCGGAGGAGAUUGUUGCCAACGCCUCCCCAGAACAAGUGUUUGGCUGGCAGCUUUACGUACAAGAAGAUCGGACUAAAAGCGAGCGAAUGAUUGCUCGAAUCAACAAACUGAGUGCCAUCAAGUUUAUUGUUUUGACUCUUGAUACUCCGGUGAUGGGCAAGAGAGAAGAUGAUCAGCGUGGCGGCAAUGUCAUUGAUGAAAUCACAGAAGAGGACACAUCCCCAAGAGAUUCAGCUCAAGCUCGAGAUAAAAAGGCCUUUGCCGGGAUGGAUCCCACUCUGACAUGGACAGAGACUCUUGCGUGGUUGGCGAAACACACCAGUCUUCCUGUCAUUCUCAAGGGUGUUCAAACACAUGAGGAUGCCUACAUUGCUUCCUUGCAUAGGCCCCAAGUUAAGGCCAUGAUUCUUUCAAACCACGGUGGCAGAUCUCUAGAUACUUCUCCUCCGGUCGUGCACACUCUACUUGAAAUCCGGAAAUACUGCCCUGAAGUAUUUGACAAAAUCGAAGUCUGGGUGGAUGGAGGAGUCAGGAGGGGCACUGAUGUGGUCAAGGCCAUGUGCUUGGGUGCAAAAGGCGUUGGCAUUGGGCGACCUGCGCUGUUUGGCCUAUCUGCUGGGGGUGUGGAUGGGGUCAGGAGAGUUUUGCAGAUCUUGGCUGACGAGACCAAAACUUGCAUGCGACUCCUUGGUGUCGAGAGGCUUGAGCAACUUGGAAUGCAACAUGUCAAUACCCGGCUGGUAGAACAACAGAUCUUCGACGGGCCUUCCAACCUUGCAGCUUGUCGGGCGGCCCAUUUGUCAAAGCUUUAG